AUGCCUAUUAAGUGUGAUUCAUCGUCGGCCAUCUACGCCGUGCUCGUGCUGGCCUCUAUACUCUCUAUAGCCCUUGGAGCACUCGCCUGGGCACGAACAACCAGCAGUUUCCUCCCCCUCCCCACCUGGAUCCCAGCACUUGCAACCCUCCUCCCCAUCCUAACUCCCCUCGUUUUCGCAGGAACACGCCUCCUUUUCAAUACAGCAUCUCAUCGGCUCACCCAACCCAUCCAAAUCCUCAACCACAUACACACAAUCCUUUUAACCGCCAUAGCAACAAUCGCUCUCUCCUACAUCUUCCCAGGAAACAUUCUAUCCUGCCACCUCGAGCAGCAAUGGCAAACAUACUUCCACAACAAGGACGCACACGCGAUCCGCGCAAUCCAGGACCAGUACCAGUGCUGCGGGCUACGCAGUAUCCAUGAUCGUGCCUGGCCGUUCAAGGGUAAUGAUAAUGGGGACAACGCCUGUGAGCUGCAGUUUGGAUAUAGACAAAGUUGCAUGGUGCCCUGGAGGGGUGUGCAGGAGGGUACUUCGUGGAUGGUUUUUGCUGCAGUGCUUGGGAUUUCCCUUGUUAAGAUUGGGUUUGCACAACUGUCUAGUCGCCGGGCUAGUUGGAUGAGCUCCCAGUUCUUGGGGAGUGAGCGGAAUCGCCAGCGGAUCUCGGGACCAGGAUUGGAGGAGGGAGAUGAUAAUGAAGAGAGCAGCGGGGAGGCGAGGAGGACUAUGCUACCCCAUUCUAGGCCUGGUCAUGAGAAUGUGUGGGGUGUGGAUUGA